GAGCAAAUGUAACCUGUGCCGCACCUUUCCCUGGGCCUCCCGGCAGAGCGCCCAGGCACAGCAGCUCCUGGCUUCUCCCCCUGGCCCAGGGAGGGCAGUGGGGUCUACUGGUUAGAGCAGGCAGGCUGGGAGCCAGGAUCUGCCCCCCAUGGCCUCUCCUGCCCCCCAGCUGGGGUCUCUCUCUGAGGAAUUCUCCUGCCCCGUGUGCCUGGACUGGCUGCAGGAUCCCGUCACCCUGCCCUGCGGCCAUGUCUACUGCCAGGGCUGCAUCGAGACUACGUGGGGCACCCUGGGUGUCCCCCCUGCCUGCCCUGAAUGCCGGGAGCCCUGCCCCGACAGGAGAUAUGCCCCCUGCAGGCUGCUGAGGAAGCUGAUCGACCAGGCCAGGGGGCUGAGCCCUGGUGGGGCAGGGGAGGGGGCGCACCCAGGGGGCAGGUGCCAGGAGCACAGCGAACCCCGGAGGGUGGCAGGUGGGGCAUUCGCCGGUGAGCUGUGCAGGGAACCAGCCUCAUACGAAAACCUCCGGUUCCUCCCCAUCCACCAGGCCACUGGGCAGCAUCAGGAGGAGCUGCCCUCAGCCAUAGCCCAGCUGGAGUCCAGCCUUGCUCGGCUCCUGAAGCUGAAGACGGAGGAGGAAGAGAGGAUUUGGAACCACCAGGCGAUGGUGCUCAGCCUGGAGGAUCACGUCGCCACGGAGUUCGGGAAGCUGCGGGGCUGGCUGGCCGCCCGGGAGGCGGAGUGGCAGGAGAGGCUGCGGCGGGCGGGCAGAGCCCAGCUGCGGGCGAUGCAGAGGAACCUGCAGGAGCUGGCGGGGAAAUGCCAGGCAGCCCAGGAGAUGCUCACCGAGGCCCAGGCCCACCUGCCCCAGCAGAACACCAUGGAGUUCCUGACAGACAUAAAAUCCUCCCUGGACUGGGUGAAGCAGCAACUGGCUACCCCUUGUGGGCCGAAUACGGGGUCCCUAUCACAGACUCUGGGGCAAUUCAAAGGGCCGAUCCAGUAUACUGCCUGGAAGGACAUGAAAUCCAUCCUCAACAUAGAUCUCCCGCGGGUGACGCUGGAUCCCGCCACGGCUCAUCCCUGCCUGGUUCUCUCGGAGGAUCGCACCCGGGUCCGGGACGGCCACCUCCGCCGGCCCCUCCCCGACACGCCCGCCCGCUUCGAUUUCUGCGUGGCCGUGCUGGGCGCGGGGGCGUUCGCCUCCGGGAGGCGCUACUGGGAGGUGGAGGUCGGGGAGAAGCCGGCGUGGACGCUGGGCGUGGUCCACGCCUCCGUCAGCCGCAAAGGGAAGAUCCACGCCUCCCCCAGCAAGGGAUUCUGGGUCAUUCGGCUCCGGGGCGGGGCCGAGCUCAUGGCCAAGGACACACCCCCGAUGGUGCUCCGCCCCCAGGCCCUGCCCCACAGGAUUGGGGUGUACCUGGACUAUGAAGGGGGCCAGGUUUCCUUCUACGAUGCCCGGGGCAUGGCCCACCUCUAUACGUUCAGCGCCCGGUUUGCAGAGAGUGUGUAUCCCUAUUUCUGCCCCGGGCUCUAUGAUUCGGGGGGGAACGCUACCCCCCUGAAAAUCUGCCCCUUGCCCUGACCAAGCUGCUCCUCUGCCCUGGGGCCGGAUCGGAGCCACAGCCCCCUAGAGGGGAGAGGCCCCGUGCCCCAUUCCCUGCCCCCCAGAGCCAGCCAGUGGCUUUAUAAGCACCACCUUACACAUCGAAACAAACUCUCAAACCCGCCAACCCCAGCGGUUUGGUUCUCCAAAGCAAGAAGGAGCCGAGCGCAAGGCCAGACUGUGUCCUGCCAAGCAGGGACUCCGAAAAGGAUCUAAAGAUCCAGCUGGUGUGAUCCCGGGAUGCACAAACAGGGGAACGGCAAGUAGGAGCCGAGAAGUUUAUUUGGCCUUGGUGCGACCGCGGCUGGGGUCCUGUGUCCAGUUCUGGUGCCCACCACUCGAGAAGGACGUGGAUCGACUGGAGAGGGGGACAGAGAAGAACCAGGAUUAAAGGAUUGGACAACCUGCCUUAGCGUGAGAGACUCCCGGAGCUCGAGGGGGUUAGAGGAACAAAGAGAAGGCCACGGGGUGACUAGCUCACGGGCCACAAGUACCU